CCUUCCAUCAGACUUGUGUUUGUAGAAGUUGUCAGCAAUCCUGCUUUGAUUGGAGAGGGUGUGCAGCUCUUUGAAUAGUUAAAACAUCUGUUCAGCGACGUUGUGAAAUGCUCGUGUUCGGAACCCCUGAUAAGGGGGACUGCUGAGCGCUUGGCUCAUAGAGGCUCUACAGGCAGCAAGGGCUGCACAAACUGUGGCCACCGCUUGCCUUUCCUCCUCCUGGGCAGAGCAAAACAUAGGAGACAGCUACUAUUUUACAUGUGAUUCUGCUUUGAGAGGGAGAGAGCAGGAAGUGCCUAGGAAAUGGUUCAUGACAGAAACCUGGAGUUUUAAAUAGGAGAGAGGAGGAGGAGGAGAGCUCAUGGGCACAGUUUGUGAACAGUUGAAACACUGACACAACAGCAGCAGGGGAAAACCAGACUUCUGCGAGAGCAAGUACGUCCCAAGCAAUCCCGAUGGAAGGAGAGAACGUCCCUGAGGCCAGGGGAGCAGCCAGCAAAGCCACUCGGAUCGCCCUCGGUGUCUUUGUGAGUGGCACUGUUGUGCUUGGCACCGCUCUUUUCUUGGUUAGCCAAGGUCUUAUAAAGUUUCAUCCAAAGCAACAGUACUGUUUGACUGCAGAAUGCAUUGAAGCUGCUGCUGGCAUCCUGAGCAAGAUAAAUCAAUCUGUAGAUCCAUGUGAGAACUUCUAUCGAUUUGCAUGUGAUGGCUGGAUAUAUAAUAACCCUAUUCCUGAAGAUAUGUCCAAUUAUGGUGUUUAUCCCUGGCUGCGACACAAUGUGGACCUCAAACUAAAGGCAUUGCUAGAGAAACCCAUCAGCAAAAGACGAGACAGUGAAGCUGUACAGAAGGCCAAGAUCCUUUAUGCAUCCUGCAUGAAUGAGAAUAAAAUUGAAAAAGCCGAUGUGAAACCGCUGUUAAGUAUACUGAAGCAUUCACCUUUCCGCUGGCCUGUGCUGGAAUCCAAUAUUGGACCUGAAGGACUGUGGUCAGAAAGGAGGUUCAGCUUAGUCCAAGCCUUGGCAACUCUUCGUGGCCAAUACAGCAGCUCUGUCUUCAUCCGUUUGUACGUGGCUGCUGAUGACAAAAUCUCCAAUCGCUACAUCCUGAAGCUUGACCAAGCAAGCCUCUCUUUGGCAUCUCGAGAGGAUUACCUAGAAAAUACCACAGAAGCCAAAUCUUACCGAGAUGCCUUUUUGCAGUUCAUGGUUGAUACAGCAGUGCUUCUGGGUGCAAAUGCCUCCCGAGCUGAAUCUGAUAUGAAAUCGGUUCUAAAACUGGAAGUUAAAAUAGCAGAGAUCAUGAUUCCAUAUGAAAAUCGAACAAGUGAGGUGAUGUACAAUAAAAUGAACAUAUCGGAGCUUAGUGCCAUGAUUCCACAGUUUGACUGGCUGGGAUACAUCAAGAAGGUGAUUGACAGCAAACUCUAUCCUGAGCUUAAAGAUAUAGGUCCUUCAGAAAAUGUGAUUGUCCGUGUUCCCCAGUACUUCAAAGAUUUAUUCAGGAUACUAGAAAAUGAAAGGAAAAAGACUCUUGCCAAUUACCUGGUAUGGAGGAUGGUUUAUUCAAGGUUAUUUAACCUCAGUAGACGUUUCCAGUAUCGGUGGCUGGAGUUUUCUCGGGUGAUCCAUGGGACUACAACUUUGCUGCCUCAGUGGGAUAAAUGUGUGGACCUUGUAGAAAAUGCCCUCCCCUAUGUUGUGGGUCAGAUGUUCGUGAAAGCCCAUUUUCGAGAAGACAAGAAAAAGAUGAUGGAGGAAUUGACUGAAGGAAUUCGCUGGGCUUUUAUUGACAUGUUAGAAAAGGAAAAUGACUGGAUGGACUCUGAAACAAAAAGAAAAGCUCAUGAGAAGGCAAAAGCAGUUAUGGCGAAAGUUGGUUACCCUCAGUUUAUAAUGAAUGACACGUAUAUUAAUGAAGACAUCAAAACACUGAAGUUUACAGAAAGCGAUUAUUUUGGCAAUGUAUUGCAAACUCGCAAAUACGCAGCACAAUCUGAUUUCUACUGGCUUAGAAAAGAAGUUCCAAAAACAGAGUGGUUUACAAGCCCAACUACUGUAAAUGCUUUUUAUAGUGCAUCUACCAACCAGAUCAGAUUUCCAGCAGGAGAACUUCAAAAGCCUUUCUUUUGGGGAACAGAGUAUCCUAGGUCAUUAAGUUAUGGUGCCAUAGGAGUGAUUGUUGGCCAUGAGUUUACUCAUGGAUUCGAUAGCAAUGGUCGGAAAUAUGACAAAAACGGAAAUCUAAACCCUUGGUGGACGACUGACUCUGAAGAAAAAUUUAAAGAUAAGACAAAAUGCAUGAUUAAUCAAUACAACAAUUACUACUGGAAACAGGCUGGCUCACAUGUGAAAGGGAAGAGAACUUUGGCAGAAAACAUUGCAGAUAAUGGAGGUUUGCGAGAAGCUUUCAGGGCAUACAGGAAAUGGAUUGCAGAAAAGAGGGGAGGAGAAGAAGAGCCUUUACUGCCAGGCCUUGAGUUCACACAUAACCAGCUUUUCUUUCUGAGUUAUGCCCAUGUAAGAUGCAACUCCUUUAGACCGGAAUCUGCGAGGGAGCAAAUAUAUACUGGAGCUCACAGCCCUCCUCAGUUCAGAGUAAUCGGAGCCAUGAGCAACUUUGAAGAGUUCCGCAAAGCUUUCAAUUGCGCAGCGAACACGACGAUGAACCGCGGGGCAGAGUCCUGCCGGCUCUGGUAGCUGUCCAGCUCUCCUGCCAGGAGGAGGCUGCAAUCUGAACUGCUCAAGCCCAUUGCCAGAGUUUCAGAAUGAUGGUCUGAAAUCUGGAGAGGUGUUACUUCAAAUGCAUCUUCCUCAUCCGUGCUGAUGAUCCGCAUGGAUCUGAUCAUUCCCUAUUUAGAGCCUAGAAACAUUCCAAAUAGAAGAGCUUUUCUUUAAGUAUAACAAUAAAAAGUAACUCCUUUUAACCAUAAAACUACUCCGGCUCAUCUGCAGUUGCACUGCUGUUGAUGGAUAACUGCCAUUAUCAAUUCUAAUUCCUGAUUUAUAGUUGAGCAGGACGUAAAUGCUAAAAUCCAGUUUUAAUCUAUUGCUCUGCAGGGGUUCUAUGCAGAAUGCUCCCACACAAAAUUUAUUCUUUCUGGAUGAAGAAAUUCAUGAGACCUGCUAUAAAGCUAGCUCUGAUCUGCUGCGUGAUACUGCAUUUUCAUAACUUAAACUGUCACAGCCCAGCAUGCCAUAAAUGAUGUUGCAUGAUGUAAAGGCACAAGACUUUGUAUAAGUUCAGUUUAAUAUGUCAGAUUGGUGCCUCUGGAUUUGGAACAGUUUCAAACUGAGAAAGUAUCUCAUGGUAUCCAUCUGUAGGACUAAAACAUAAAGGAUACUUGUCAGAUCCUGACCCCUUCUAAUUUUAGAACAGCUUUUGAUAAAAAUCAAUGUAUAGUGUAAAUCAGAGGCUCUCAGAGGGGAUUCCCAGCACCACAAUACUCAUAAAUAUUGCAGCAUUUAUUCCAGUUUACACUGUAGGCAGUUUUUUUCCCAGGGGAUGGUUUUUACCUUUUGCUGAAGAUAGCUUCAUCUACAUUUAUGUUUUUUAAGCCAGAAAUACUAUAACAGUUUAAAAUGAUGGAUUUUAUAGUGUCUGGGUCUUACUUGGCAUUUUAAGUAGCGUGUGAAUUUGCCCUCACGUUCUGGAUGGGGCAGGAUGACUUGUGAUUUUAAGGUAAGGGUAUGUGACAGAAAAACAGAGUACCAGCAUAGUUUGACUCGUCUGGAUAAAAAGAGCAAUUUAGGAGUAGAGGACUUAAAAAUAUAGUAAAAAUACAGACCAGCUGAGUUUUCAAUUUGAUUUUUAAGAAUAUUCAUGAAAAGAUAUUUUAUUACAGCAGAAAAACUUUAAAACAUAACUAUUACUGUGGUGGUGGGAUGAUGGGUGAGGGAGGAUGCACACACAGCUCUUUUUGUUCCUAACAGAAAGGCACCUAUGUAAGUGGUAUGUAUUUAUGCCUUGUGCAUUACUUCAUUUUUACAUGGUGGAGUUAUUUCAAAAGGAGUUUCUUUAGACUGAUUUAAUUACUGCAAAUCCAUAUUGGUCUCUGUGUGUAUAUACAUAUAUACAAAAUAUGUAUUUUUUGGUAUGCUUUAAUUUUAUUUUGUCAGUAUAGAAAUGUUAGUAAGAUAAACUUUUUUUACAAGGAUUGGUCAAGAACUGUUGGAUAAGAACUUGGUUGGACGGUCACAUCCAGAGGGUGAUGGACAAUGACUCAGAGUUCCAAUGGACAUCAGUGACAAGUGGUGCCCCUCAGGGGUCCAUACUGGCACCAGUACCAUUUAAUGUCUUCCCCAGUGACAUAGAUAAAGGGAUCAAGUGCACCCUCAGCAAGUUUGCAGAUGGCACCAAGCUGAGUGGUGUGGUUGCCACACCUGAAGGAUGGGAUGACAUCUAGUGGGACUUGGACAAUGAGAAUUGGCCCUUGGGAAUCUCAUGAGGUUUAACAAGAUGAAGUGCAAGGGGCUGCACCCAGGUCUGGGAAACUCUGUAUCAACAAAAUCUGGGGAUGAUCAAGAGUAGCCAUGCCUAGAAGGGCUUGGGGAUGCUGGUGGGUGAGAGGCUGGACAUGACCCAGCAACAGGCAUUUGCAGCCCAAAAAACCGUGUCCUGAGCUUCAUCCAAAGCACUAUGGACAGCAGGUCAAGGGAAGGGAGAGGAGGCUGCCAAGAUGAUUAGAGGGAUGGAGCACCCCUCCUACGAGGAAAGGUUGUGAGCAUUGGGAUUGGUCAGCCUGGAGAAGGGAAGGCUUUGGUGUGGCUUAAAUUUCAGCCUUCAGUACAUGAAGAGAGUCUACAAACAAAGGCUGAAGGGGGACUUCUCACAAGGGCAUGUAGUGACAGAACAAGGGGGAAUGGCUGUAAACUGAGACUAAUUUUGGAUUAGAUGCUAGGAGGAAGUUCUUUACUGUGAGGGUGCUGAGGCACUGGAACAGACUGCCCAGAGAAGUUGUGGGUGACUCAUCCCUGGAAAUGUUCAAGGUCAUGUUGGAUGGGGCUCUGAGCAAACUGGUGGGAGUGCAAGGGGGUGUCCUGACUCAUGGCACAGGGUCGGAAUUAGAUGAUCUUUAAGGCCCCUUACAACCCAAACCAUUCUAUGAGUCUGGUUGUCCAACAGUCAUGGUGGAGGAAGGUUUACUGAAGCUAGUUAACUGAAACAAACUGGGUUAUUUUCCUGUGUGUUUUUAAAAAGGAAGGGGACACAAUGGAAACAUAAUUUGUGGAAAAAGACAUGAUCAAAAGCUAUCUUCCAGGAAGCAGACAUUCCUGUUCUCAAGGCUGUGUUGCCACUUUUUAGUAACAAAAUACUGUGAUUUGGGACCAGAACAUUUUUUUAUCAAUUUUUCCCUGAAAAGGUCAAUGUUUUCUUAAGAGGAAAACAUUUCCCCUUCCUUCAGGCCAGCUCAGUUCCUGAGUUCCAUGGAUUACAGUUUAUCAUUUGAAUUGCCACUACUAAAUUUUUUUCCUGGAGGUAUUUUUCACAUAAAUAGCGGUGGCAGUAUUUUCAUAGAGCUUUUCCUCAAACAAGAUUUUUGGGUCUUUAGCAAAGGGAUACUGUUUGCUGGCUAAUGGGAAAGUUCCUUAGCAAAUUGAGUAUGUACUGACUUUAUUCCUGUGCUCAUAUGAGCACUGACAUGACUUGAAGUUGACCGCUUUGGAUCAAAGUUCAGGGUUGACAUCCUGGACCAAUUAAAGGUAGUACCAAUAUGGUUGUUGUCCUCAGAAAAAUCAGGACGUCAACACAAGCACUUAUCUGAAUUUUCUAAAUUACUGGAAUAUGCAAAGACGGUUUCACAACCGUCAACCCUGGGUUUUCUAAUUUUAUCUCUCAAAUCAGAGAUGCAUUUGCAAGAAUUCCUCUCCCAUGGUUAUUUUCCAGUGGGACAGAUUCUAUCAUUUUGUGAUUUAUGAAGUUGUUUCUCUGUCUGGAUAGGAUUUUUUUCUAAAAUGUCUGAUGUUUCUUGCCCUAAAUGUCACUCUUCCUGCUCCUUGUUAGUUUCAGGUCUUUCAUGUUUAAUAUCAGGGAUUUUUGCACGGUGGUAUGUGAAUUCCCACAAGAACCACUGCAAACUCUUUCAUCCUUGCUAGGCCAUCUCCUGCAGCAGCAGGGGACCGAUUCUGGGCUGGGGGGGAAAGCAGGGAGCUGGGUGUUUGAGGGCAAUGCACUAGGAGAGAGGAAGAGAGGACAUGACCAGAUUUUGUACCCUGAUUUUGGCAGCUGAGAGGAUACCCACACACUGCCAGGGGGAAGCCAGAAGUCCUUGCUGCUGACUGGUGCAUUCAUCAGUAGUAUCCUAAUUCAGGAAAUUCUUGCUGUUGACUCAGGUUUUCAAUGUCUGGGGUUUAGGUCUUGCCUGUGUCCACACAAGGACCCUGGCCUGCCUCACCUGCUACUUUUUACCUCAAACCAAAGAGCUGAUCAUGCAAUUUACAGUUCACUUUGGAUAAGCUGCUUAGGUUGGAAAGCAAAGCAGAAGGUAAUUAAACAAGUUCUUCAAACUUUAGUCAUCAAAGACAGGCAAGACAUUAGUGAUGGUUUGUGAGGGCUCUUCCCAUUGCCUGUUUUAUCAGACCACUGGCUGUGCUUUGUUUUUGCAUUGUGCCUCCUGGGUCUGUGCCAGCAGUGCCUUCCUGCAUUGCUCUCAGGUUCACCUAUUACAUCUAUGCAAACAACUCCUUCACCAUAUAUAUCCUUUUCCCAGAGCUUUAAAGUUGUUAUUUUGCUUAAAUAUCAGUAAUAUUGGGAAAUGUUUCUUCAUGUUGGCUCAGUAAUCUACUUCUGGAGGGGAAACAUCAGUUAAGAAUAAAACAUUUUUAUCUUUGUAAAUCUGAGGAGAUAUUUUUCUACUGUGUAGACAUAAACAAACAGCCACUACUCCUGUCCCAUGUCUCCUUCUUCAAGUCCUAGAAAUAUGGAAACCUAUUAUAUUCUAGUUAAUCAAGUCUGGCUUUUUUGCUGUUUUUUUGUUUGUUUUUGUUUUGUUUAAGCCUGAAAUGCUAAAAUACCAGUUUAUAUACUGUCAAUAUAUCUGCUGAUCAUAUUGUGGAAAACUUAGCUGUCUGAAAAGACAGCUGUGCUAUUCACCUGUGUAAACUGCUAAAGUGCAUAAAUGAUGUCCAAGCUGGGUCUGGACACUGAAGGACCAAAAAACUCAGCUGAGUUAUAAAACUCUGCCUCAUGGCCUGUGCAGGGCACUGCACUGUUCUUUAAGUAGGAACACUCUCAUGUCACUAAUUGGUGGAAUAAUUUAUAAAAUAAUCAGGUGAGUCUGCAUAUAACUUUUCAUUGAGUACUGUUCAAGUACAGGCUUGGAAGUAUAUCUCAUAACAAUGUUUUGUAUAUAUAUAUAUAUAUGCAUGUGUCUGUCAGUGAAAUGUUAAAAGCCUGACAACUCAGGAGGCAGAACUAUAGUGAUUUAAAUGGCCUUUUGUGAUUAAGUCUUUUUAAUCUGAUCUUUAUUUACUGGUCAGUCUAUUGUAAAUUUGAAUUUUUCUACUUGCAUAGUACAUUGGUUGACUGUUUUAAAGACAAUUGUGUUAGCCAAUAAAUCCAAAGUGAUGAAGAAUUUUCCUAUGCUUGCAGUAUGGCAAAACCUGCUUUGCUUGGCACUAACUCUACAAUAUUACUUCUAUAAUAUAUAGUCGUAAUGAGAUGUAAUAAAGAGCAUAAUGUUGUGGCCCCAGGUACUCAAGACUACUUUUACUGCUUGAUAGGCUAAGAAGGACCUCCUCUCUGUCAGAGAAUUGUAUAGGCAUCGUCAGCCAGAGUUUAGGCUCCGCUUUCCCUCAUUACCCUGCUGGAGGCGAUUAAAAUGAGCAUUGAUGAGCUAUUGUGAGUGAGGGCUGGAUGCUGUAAAAGCUGCAGAAGGGCAGAAAGAAAGAGUGAGAAAAGAUUCACCUGCCUCUCAGCCUUGCUCUUCUCCUCUUCCCCAAGUCCAAGUGCCUCUCUCAGCUUUUCAGUGCUUUUAAGUGUAUUCCAGAGGAGUUUUUGAUAGGAUAGUACUUGUGCUGUGCCUGAGUUCGAACUUAAGCUCAACAAAGUACUUCAUGAGCGUGAUCAAGCACUUGUUCAAGGUCUGUUUGGGCACAGGGGCUGUGCCAGAGCCCUGUACAUCACCAGCUGGGCUUUUCUGGGCUAAGUGCUGCCUAUCUUGGGCUCUGCCCUGAUCGAGUUGCCUGGCACAGCCACAAGCAAUGGUACCUGGCCCACUUCAAGGCAGCACUGUGCCUGUGAGCAUCAAGGAGCAAUUUCCACUGGUGGGGACAAUGGGCGAGGUUGGUCUUGCUGCAUCUUUUGGAUGAUGCUCUCUAGUGAUGCAGCCCCUUGCAGGCCACUCUCCACACAGCUCUUGGGUUUGGGGUGGCAGAGUGCCUUCAAAAACCUGCAUCAGUUCUUUCUCCUGCUUUACAGUGCAGCCUUACAACAUUUCUAGGGCAAAAGCAAAGGUUUCUGUGCAGGAAGAUGAAUUAACAAAGCAAAGGUUGGGGUCAGAGCAUGAAACCAGCCUCAGCACCAGGGAAAUGUUAGGCUUAAUUCUCCCAGGUUUAUCAGCACCUUGGAAAGAUGCUUUAACAAUGUCUAUAAAUGCCCUGAGGAAUUCAGGAUUUAACUGCUGCAGCGAGAGCCUGCUUCACUAAUCAGACAAUUUAAUCCCAUUUACAGUGUAAUAUAUAUUAAUAAAAAAGAAAAGAAAUUAAAGAUACCCGAGGGAUUCUUCAGCACAGCAUUAUAUUUUAUUAAAUAUAACAUCAAAGUUGGAAGUUACUGAGAAUCAAGAUAAUGUGUUACACUAAAUUGUGAUCAAAGAAAUAGAUAUAAUGAUAUAAUUUUAAUAAUCCAUAAGCACCAAAGCUGGAACACUUUUAUGUAUGAGGUUAGACACAUACACAGCUGCAUAUAUUAACUGUGGUUGUGAACUGAGAUGUAUAUUAUAAUACAUGUUUGUAAAAAUUUUAUCACAUCCAUAACUACCAUCCGAACUGGUAAACAAAGCUUGGGGAAAGGCUUCAAAAGGGAGCUUAGACUUUUUCUACCACAAAGUUUAUUUAAGACAUCAGUGUUGCUGUGAGCAAUGACCAGUUAGGAUGUUUUAUAUAGACAAUGCAUAGUCCGCUUCUGAAAAGUGUGUAGCAGACAUUUAAGUAUAGAAAUCUGAAAAAAUAUGGUGUCACAUCCUCUUGACACUAAGAGAGUAUUUGGGUAGAACCAGGAAAAAAAAGUGACAUUCUCAAAUAUCCCAAUUAGGGAAACACAAAGAUGUGAGUUUAUGCCAUGAUACGCAAUAAGAAAUAAAAAGAUACUGUAGGAUAUGAAGUUCCCAGACUGGGACAGAGGAAUAGUUUGACACAUUAUUUCUGCUGGGAGAAAAACCUGAGCACAGGAGCCCUGUCUGCCUUUGUAACUUCCUGGAGCAUGUGUGUGUUACAGCUCAGUCCUUUGGUGGGUGUCACAGUGCUGCAUCUUCUGAAAGUGCACCCCAAUCACCCUGAGGCUUGAGGGGCUAUUUGCUUUCUCUUGGGUGUCUCGAGCACCCAAAAAGGCUUCAAUUCUGCCACUGAUUUCUAGUUUAUACAUAUAUUUUUAUUCUUUUCACCAAGGAGCACAGUAUGAGCCACACUCCAUAUCAUGCCAUUUUAAAUGAAUAAAGAGAUGCUUUUUCUAGGUCUGUGCUGCAAAACAGUGCAGCGCUGCUGCAUCUCAAAAACAUCUGGGUGUUUUGUGAAAUUCUCUGCUGCUCUUCAUCAGACAACACAUGUGCUUUCAUGUCAUUCUGCUAGAACAGACCUUGGGUGGUUUGCACUGGAGAGAAGAGUGCACAAUAGGGAGUAACAUCUGAAUAGGAUGACAAAGAGAAAUAAACUCUUUAGUGUUAUAAAUCAGUAAAAGAUUUUACAAAGCAUUAGAAAAACUACUGCUAUAAAUGAUUUUUUAUAUAUAUAUGGGCACAGUGCAGGAAGUCUGUAAGUCUGUGUGUAUGUGAGUGUAUAUAAAAAUGUCAGAAAUAUGAAUUAUUUUUUUAAAAAAUUGAGUCUCGGGGUAAAACUCUGACCUCAUUGAGUUCAUUGACUGAUUAAUGUCUGUGGGGCCUGCAUUUUACUCCAUCUGGAUAAUAACACAUAAAGUUUACUGAUUUAAAACUAUUUGGGACACAUAUUUUUUCUAGACAGAAAGAAAUUUCUAGUCUGUGGUAUUUUCAGAAUCUGUCCUGUUCUCAGUCAUUUGCAUAGGACUUGCUCUAUUUUCUCUUGUUUAGCAGAUACUCCAUUUUCUUAUUUUUAAACAUUUCAAGAAUGAUUUUAUCACUGUUUCAGAAUUUCAAAGUAGCUUUUUCAACUUGCCUUUUCCAGAUAUGGUUCUAUUAAU